GGCGCUCAGCCUCCGCGCCAGAAGCGAGCGCUGAGCUCCGGCCGCCGCAAGCCAGAGGACGCGGCCUCUCCGACACCGCUGGCCCCGGGCACGCGGCAUCCUCAGGGGCGGGAGCUGCCGCAGCCGCCUCGGCUCCUCUCCCCAGCGCUUCCCGUCACCUCUCGGAGAACCUGUCCCGGCCGCCAGGACGCCCCUUUCGUCCUCACUCCGAAGCUCGCGGACCCGACGGGCGGACGGACGCAGGGGUCCAAGGCCAGACUGCGGGCAGCAGAAAGCACGCUGAGAACAGUGAUCUUGAGCACCUUUGUGAUUACUACUCAUCUCUCUUCUGGGGACACUUUCUUGAAAGUACUGGCAAACAUCCAGUCUACUCAGAUAUGAUCCCAGAUUAAUGGAGUUUUUUUGAAGCAAAUUACACCCCUCUCACUAAGACUGGAGAAGUUGACAUCACAUACCGAGUGGCAUCAGGUUAAAAAAUACAAAGUUUGGAUCUUUUCCUGCCUUUGAAGCAAGAAAAAUGGAAAAUUGAUAACAAAAGGUCUUUGUGGGAGACGGGUCUGGAGCCUAACUACGGGGUGUCCAUGACCCUUGCGGCUGCACCCCAUCCGCAAUGAAAGGGUUAUCAGGCAGCCGCAGCCAUCACCACGGAGUUACCUGUGAUUCUGUCUGUGACUCACUGUCGCACCACUCAGACCGCAAGCCAUACCUGCUGAGCCCGGUGGAGCACCACCCCGCGGACCAUCCUUACUACACUCAGCGGAACUCCUUCCAGGCCGAGUGCGUGGGCCCCUUCAGCGACCCGCUGGCCAGCAGCACCUUCCCACGCAGGCACUACAACUCACAGCAAGAACUAAAGGACGAGUGUUCCGUAGUGCCCCGCACCCUGGCCACCAAGGCCAAUCGCAUUCCCGCCAACCUGCUGGACCAGUUUGAGAGGCAGCUGCCACUCAACCGAGAUGGCUACCACACGCUGCAGUACAAGCGCACGGCCCUGGAGCACCGCAGCGACAGCCCUGGCCGCAUCCGCCAUCUGGUCCACUCAGUUCAGAAGCUCUUCACCAAGUCACACUCCUUGGAAGGGCCAUCAAAGGGCAGUGUCAAUGGGGGCAAAGCCAGCCCUGACGAAACACAGACAGUGAGGUAUGGCAAGCGAAGCAAGAGCAAGGAGCGGCGGGCUGAGCCCAAGCCACGCCCCAACACCUCCCCAGGCUGGUGGAGCUCAGAUGACAACCUCGACGGUGACAUGUGCAUCUACCAUGCCCCCUCUGGUGUGAUGACCAUGGGCAGGUGCCCUGACCGCUCAGCCUCACAAUACUUCAUGGAGGCCUACAACACCAUUAGCGAACAGGCGGUCAAGGCCUCCCGGAGUAACAACGAUGUCAAGUGCUCCACCUGUGCCAACCUGCCAGUCAACCUGGACGCACCACUCCUGAAGAAGAGCGCCUGGUCCUCCACCCUGACAGUGAGCCGAGCCCGGGAGGUUUACCAGAAAGCCUCAGUUAACAUGGACCAGGCCAUGGUGAAGUCAGAGUCAUGUCAACAGGAACGUUCCUGCCAAUACCUUCAGGUUCCUCAAGAUGAAUGGACAGGGUACACCCCAAGAAGUAAAGAUGAUGAAAUCCCAUGCCGAAGAAUGCGGAGCGGCAGUUACAUCAAGGCCAUGGGAGAUGAAGACAGCGGCGACUCAGACACAAGUCCCAAGCCUUCUCCCAAAGUUGCUGCGCGAAGAGAAAGCUAUCUCAAGGCUACUCAGCCAUCCCUUACAGAACUCACCACACUCAAGAUUUCUAAUGAACACUCCCCCAAACUCCAGAUCCGGAGUCACAGUUACCUGAGGGCAGUCAGUGAAGUCUCCAUCAACCGAAGCUUGGACAGCCUUGACCCUGCAGGCCUGCUCACAUCACCAAAGUUCCGCUCCAGGAAUGAGAGCUACAUGCGAGCUAUGAGCACCAUCAGCCAGGUGAGCGAGAUGGAGGUGAACGGGCAGUUCGAGUCGGUGUGUGAAUCCGUGUUCAGCGAGCUGGAGUCGCAGGCGGUGGAGGCGCUGGACCUGCCGGUGCCCGGCUGCUUCCGCGUGCGGAGCCACAGCUACGUGCGGGCCAUUGAGAAGGGCUGCUCCCAGGACGACGAGUGCGUGUCGCUGCGGUCCUCCUCCCCGCCCCGCACCACCACCACCGUGAGGACCAUCCAGAGCAGCACGGGUGUCCUUAAACUGAGUUCUGCAGUUGAAGCCCAGAGUAGCACAGAGUCUGCCCAGGAUGCCUACAUGGACGGCCAGGGCCAGCGAGGAGAUAUUAUCAGCCAGUCUGGACUGAGCAACUCCACCGAGAGCCUGGACAGUAUGAAGGCUCUGACGGCCGCCAUCGAAGCCGCAAAUGCCCAGAUCCACGGCCCAGCAAGUCAACACGUGGGCAACAGCCCAGCCACUGUCACCACCACGACCACCAUAGCCACUGUCACCACGGAGGACAGGAAGAAGGAGCACUUUAAGAAAAAUCGAUGCCUGUCUGUCGGGAUACAGGUGGAUGACGCAGAAGAGCCUGACAAAACGGGGGAAAGUAAAGCACCCAGUAAGUUCCAGUCCGUAGGAGUGCAAGUAGAAGAAGAGAAAUGCUUCCGCAGGUUCACUCGAUCCAACAGUGUGACGACAGCAGUGCAGGCUGACCUGGACUUCCAUGAUAAUUUGGAAAACUCUCUGGAAUCUAUAGAGGACAAUUCAUGCCUGGGCCCCAUGGCCAGACAGUUCUCCCGGGAUGCCAGCACCUCCACAGUCAGCAUUCAGGGCUCAGGAAACCACUACCACGCCUGUGCGGUCGACGACGACUUCGACGUGGAUUUCGACCCUUCCAUUCUGCCUCCCCCAGACCCCUGGAUUGACUCCAUCACUGAAGACCCCAUGGAGGCCGUCCAAAGGUCAGUGUGCCAUCGCGACGGCCACUGGUUCCUGAAGCUUCUCCAGGCAGAGCGAGACCGCAUGGAAGGCUGGUGCCAGCAGAUGGAGAGGGAGGAGCGGGAGAACAGCCUGCCGGAGGACAUUCUAGGGAAGAUCCGAACGGCAGUGGGCAGUGCCCAACUUCUUAUGGCCCAGAAAUUCUACCAGUUCAGAGAACUGUGUGAAGAAAACCUGAAUCCCAAUGCUCAUCCAAGGCCCACCUCCCAGGAUCUGGCGGGCUUCUGGGACAUGCUGCAGUUGUCCAUAGAAAAUAUUAGUAUGAAAUUUGAUGAACUUCAUCAGUUAAAGGCCAAUAAUUGGAAACAGAUGGAUCCUCUUGACAAGAAGGAGAGAAGGGCCCCUCCUCCAGUGCCCAAGAAGCCGGCGAAGGGCCCCGCGCCGCUGAUCCGGGAGCGCUCGCUGGAGAGCUCGCAGCGCCAGGAGGCCCGCAAGCGCCUGAUGGCCGCCAAGCGCGCCGCGUCCGUCCGCCAGAACUCGGCCACCGAGAGCGCCGAGAGCAUCGAGAUCUACAUCCCCGAGGCGCAGACCCGGCUCUGAGGCCCGGCCGGCGCCGCCGCGCACCUGCCCCUCUCCCCCGCCCUCCGCCCUGGGGCCGGCGCUCAGCUCCCGUGGCUCCUGCGGGAGCCGCCCCCGCCCCUGCCAACCCGACCGGUCCGCCACGUUCUUCACCGCGCUUCGCCGCCGUGCCGACGCGUCACCCUGCUCAUCCGACAGCCAGCCCUUUCUUUUUCUCGGCGAGACCGCGCCCACCCGUGUAGAAAUGGCCCCCUUAAGUCGCCCUCCAUCCUCAGUUCUCUCAAGCUAGUCUGACCCUAGAGCUCAGCAAUAUACAACUUAUAGGGUAUUUCAGAAAUCCAGUAUCACAGGGUGAUCCUUUGGGACCUAGCCGUCUUCCACGCGAAAGAAACUAGGGCUCCGAUUUCCUUAUUUCCCCGAAACGGUUAUUAUUUUGCAAAGCAGAGGGAGCCCUUUAUUUCCAACCUCAGAAAUCACGCCAUCUCACCGGAAUCAAUGAGUGACAAACCAGGAGGGAACGAAGAUGGGCUGGGGGUGGGGGACUAGGAUCUGUAGUGGGAAAGGCAGGUGCUGGGGGGAGCCUGCAAAACUCACAGCUGCACAAACUGCCUCACUGUUAUCUCAUCAAUCACUGCUUCAGAUGUUUCAAUCAGCAGAAGAUUGUAAAUUCGAUCUUUCAGGGAAAUUAAUCUAUUCUGAAAGGCAAUAAAAUGAAGAAAGGCAAAGCAAAUGAAGCACUGAGGGUGAAAAUACUACAUAAGGGGAUUUUUUUUGUCCUAUUAUCAAGAAAAUUUAGACCUGAAAUGUUCUAUCAACUUUUAUUGUACUAUGUGUAUUAUAGUGAUGUUGUGGUUGGGGUCUUUAAAGGGGAAAGUGUCGGUUCUAUUAAUUUGUUAGUGUCCAUCCUGGGGGCCUCCCUAAUUACACAUAUAUGGUAAGUACACCUCUGCUUAUGAAACGCUGUAAAUGGCAGCCAGCUGUGUUCAGAGAAGUUUGGAUGUUCCUAUUAUCCCUUCGAAUGCUACACAUCCAUCUGUAGUAACCUAGUACUUCGUAUUGCAGGUGUAUUUUCUUCUUUCGCCUUCUCACUACUACACAGAGGCCUGUCAUACCCCAGCAUAUGGAUUUUGUCCUAUGUCAAACCAAUAAAAUAAAUGUUCUACCCCAAUAUACAUGCUGCCUCAUUCCAAAGAACUGCCACUCAUCUUGAGGUCCCAGGUAAUGAGAGAGGAAGCGUGACCUGCAAGGUUCAGCAAUCAUGAGCAGGGAAAAGUCAUGAUUUGUAAACACUGGAAGAAACCCAGGCUUUUGGCAGAGAAUGUUUUUAGUCAUGAUGGAUGAGCAGUAUGCACUUUGCAUCUAGCUGGAGUUAUCUUUAGAUGCCCUUACUCCUAGCAGUUUAAACAUUUAGAAUGUGGUAAUUCUUAAAGUUGCCACUGGCAUUUUAUGUCCAGCUCCCAGCCUAAAGCAUUAGAAAUUACCACUGAAUAAUGAAAGACUUUUCAAAACAUGCAUCAAAUAUGCUUGCACCAGAGAAGCUUUUUCUUAAAAAAAAAAAACACUCUCAUAGCCAGGUGCUAAUUUCAUUUUAUUUAUGAAAUUAUUUAAAUAAGAGAGGUGAUGGGUUCUGGCACCUACUUUCACAGAUAUAUUCUAAAACCACUAGAGAAUUCGCUACCUCUCAGAGCCAUUGAUGCUUUGAGCUAUCUUUAUAAACAGGGCACAAAUGUUUACUGCUGUGGUUUACAAGAAAAGGGCUACUAACUUAUUAAAAAACCAACCAAUCAACUUUUAACUAGGGUGACCGAAGCACCAUGAGUGCUUUGUAAAAUUGAGCUUCAAGUAUUUGCUGGUUUUAAAAAGAACACACCUUUUCUUUACUUCGUAGUAGCAAUGGAAGGUCACACAAAGUUUGCAUCAAGUAAGGUUUACUGCCACCUUGGGUAGCCUAUGGUAGUAGUCCCGAAAAUGACUUGGAACUCGCAGAUUGAUGGGAAGGAAGCAGCAAUCCGUGUGAAGACACAUGUUCCCAACUACAGCUCUGUGCCCUGAGGUAGAGAGAAGGUUUUAGAUUAAGAAAUUGAUUUCUAAUGGGAUUCAAGAUCAUCCUACAAUAUUUUUCUUUGGAAACUGGCUUAGCCCAGGGCAUUUUAAAGAGAGACAAGAGAAGGUCUAUUUAUCUUGUCUAUGUGGAUGGUAUUUGUAUAUUCAUAAGCUAUUUUUGGUAAGAAUUUUAAAUCUUUUAGCUGAAUGCCUACAGGCAUCAUGACCUUUGCCUUCCUUAAAAAUACAAAUCGUACAAACACUUUAUAAAAAGCUAAUUCUUGAUGUUAAAACAUGACCCCACAUAAAGCUGCUUGUUAACCACUUGCCCCCUUAAACUGACAUCCAUGAGCAUAACCUUUGUUAUGUUGUUCUUUUUGAUGUAAUUUGUAGAAAUGUUUUUUAGUUCAUAACGGAAAAUGUAUGUACCCUGAGAAACUACUUAUUUUGUUUAACUUUGGUAUAAAGGUGUUUGGGCAUUUUCUUGGGGCGGGGGUGGGGGGGGAAUUAAAAGAGAAGUUUGUCUCCCACAUCAAAAAAUCUUCAAAUAAAUUAAGUAUUUAUUAUAUUUUUUGCAGAUGUUUCCAUACAAUUCACAUAACCUUUUUGUAAAGAGAGAUGAAGAAAUGGAUUAAAGAUUUUUAAUAUUUGAAAUGGUAAAUAGAACUAAUUUAUUUGUAAUAUAUUUCUGUUAUUUAUAGAUGUUUCCUUGAUGUUCUACUGUGCAUUACCACUUUAAUUUAAGCCUUACCCUUGUGAAUUUACCAUUUCUUUUUUAAAACAUGUGUAGAUGCAUAUUUUAAAUAACUGGAAUGUAAAUCACUAGCAUAUCUGAAGUCCCAAAUGUAAUUUUUAAAAAUUAUUUUGGUUUGGAAAAAAAAAGAUUCAUUUGAAAGCCUUCAGAUGGAGGGUGGGGAACAUUUUUAUGGCUUUAUGAAUUGGAAUUUCGUAGGCUUAUUUACCUAAAUUAUGUGUGGACAAAAAAAAGUGUAAAUAGAUGAAUGUUUCCCAUAAUGUAAAAAGAAGAAAUUAAUAAAAUAAUUAAUGCACUGCU